GUUGGGAUCCAUUACUAGAGAUCUGCUGUGCUCCUUUGGGGGUGUACUUUCACUCUGAUUUUUGAUAGUUCCAGAGUUUUUGUGCUGAUUUCUUCUCAUCUGGAGCAGCUGUUCCUUCUUAUUUGGGGGUUUUCUUUUGUUUAGAAAAAGAAAACUAAGUAGAACAUCAUGGCAAGUCCAGACUGGGCAUAUGAUGGCAAAAAUGGUCCUGAACACUGGAGCAAGCUAUAUCCCAUUGCUGAUGGAAAUAACCAGUCUCCUAUUGACAUUAAACCCAGUGAAGCCAAAUACGACGCCUCUCUGAAGCCCAUCAGUGUCUCCUACAAUCCAGACACAGCCAAAGAAAUUAUCAACGUGGGACAUUCCUUCCACGUAAAUUUUGAGGACAGUGAUAAUCGAUCAGUGCUGAAAGGCGGUCCUCUCAUUGAAAACUAUCGGCUCUAUCAGUUCCAUUUUCACUGGGGCAGUACGAAUGACUGUGGUUCUGAGCACACAGUGGAUGGAAUCAAAUAUGCUGGAGAGCUUCACAUAGUUCACUGGAAUGCUGCAAAGUAUGCCAGCAUUGCUGAAGCUCUGUCAAAGGCUGAUGGUUUGGCAAUUAUUGCUGUUUUGAUGAAGGUUGAUCAGGCCAACCCAAAGCUGCAGAAAGUACUUGAUGCCCUAAGUGCAGUUAAAACUAAGGGCAAACGAGCCCCGUUCACAAAUUUUGACCCCUCUAUACUUCUUCCUUCAUCUCUGGAUUACUGGACCUACCCUGGCUCUCUGACUCAUCCUCCUCUUUAUGAGAGUAUAACCUGGAUGGUCUGUAAGGAGCACAUCAGUGUGAGCUCAGAACAGCUGGCACAGUUCCGCAGUGUUCUGUCGAAUGUCGAAGGUGAGAAUGCCGUCCCCAUCCUGAACAACCACCGCCGGCCCCAGCCUCUGAAGGGCAGAACAGUGAGAGCUUCAUUCUUAUGAGCCCAAGAAGGAACUUCCCCUUCCUCAAGAACACAGCCCUGCUUCUGACAUAAUCCAGUAAAAUAAUAACUUUCCAGAACCAAACUUAUUCCAGUGCUAGCAAGACAACAUACCUGCAAAUUUAAUCUGUAGAACUAAAAAACUUUAAUUUUAGUUCUUAAAGCUUAUGUUCUCAAAUACUAACCUGUACGCUUUCAAAUAGUAAUCUGUAAGCAUAAGUUUAUGCCUAAAUUCAAGUUUAUUUUGUGGAAUUCUUCAUAAUUAUAAACAAUCAAAUGAUUUGUAUCUCUUCCUAUUUUGUUCAGUUUA